UCACUGAGGAAUUUGUGGGGAAUUUGCUCUGACACUCCAAAUGCCCUGAUGUGACGUUUAGGGGGAUGGGAAACCUGGAAACCCUGAAAACUACCAUUGGGGAAAAUUACAGCCUUUGAAUUGGUUGACUUAUUUUACCGGGGACUUCAUGCGCUAAAAUACGUCGUUUAUGUGACAGGAUCGGGCAAGUUAGUAGGUUGAAGACUUUUUUUCUUUUCUUUUUUUUUUAAUUUUUAUAGUUUUGUUCGUGUUUCAAGUGGAGAAACUGAACUCUCCGUAGUGUUUACGACGGCCAUGAAAGCAGCACGGUUGUAACUUUUCUGACGUUAGCUUAAGCUAGCUUAAACUUUUAGCUUUUUUUUUGUUGUUGUAUUUAGGAACUUUUUCUUGUAUUUCUCGGACGUUUGUACCGGCAGACGUGAAGCUUUUUAGCUCCAAAUGACAGUCCACGGUAAGUGUCUGAAGCAGGCAGGGCUCAGUUUGACGCUCAAAAAAGUCCGCGGGGAAGUUCCCUAGGAAAUCCCCCAAUGCCGAUCGGGGGAUAUUAUUCUCGACACUCCUGCGCCAAAUCUCCAACACAAAUUGACCUCCUCCUCGGUCGACUCCUAAAGACACAAGGUUAGGGCGUCAAAUGCUGGACUGAUACAAAAAAAGCAGACUAGUCUUUCUGUGAAAUCGUACAAAUCCGACAAUGGACACCGAGAGUCUAACCGCGGAUAACGACAUGUUGAAAGACAAACUGCGGAGUUAUAACACUCUGAACACUCUGUAUCACGAAACCCGGCAGGAGAUGGACCUCCUCAACAAACAGAUCUACGUUAAGGACAAUAUCAUCGCAGAUUUAAAGGCCAGACUGGGGAGAUACGAGCGGAUCUACAUGACAGUGGGAGAUAAUGAGUCCGUAGUGUUUGGACCGUCCAUGUCUCUGCUGGAGAGUCUGUGCAAAGAGAUCUGUAAACUGAAACAGAAGAGGAACGAGACGGAGUUCAAGGCUUCAAGACAAGCAGAGGAGAUUCAGAGGCUCAAUUCCCAGCUCAAAGACAAAGAUCUGGAGCUGGACAGGAUCAGGGGUCAGCCGGACCACGAGAAGGACCAGGAGAUCCAGAGGCUGCGUUCGGCCCUGCAGGAGCGGGAGCGUUCAGAGGCCACCAGAGCCGUCCUGUGCACUUCCCUGGCAGAGGAGGCCGACCAGCUCCGCAGCCAGCUGGGAGCGACCGUGAAGGUGUGCAAGGAGCUGCUGGCCAGACUGGAGAGAGAGAAGAAGGGGGAAGGAGAAGAGGAGGAGGAGGAGGAAGAAGAGGAGGCUCAGCAGCAGAACGCUAAGGAGAAGAUGGAUUCCUCUGACUUGAGUGCUGUUAAUGCCAAAGUCUGUCAACUUCAGGAGGAGAACCAACAGCUAAAGCAGCGAGUGGCAUAUGUACAAGGUCUUAAUUCCCAGUGGCAGAAGUAUGACUCGAGCAGGGAGGACUACAUCAGAGGCCUGUGUCAGAGGCUGAAGGAGACCACCGUGCAGGGCCUAAUGCCUGGGCUGGGCCCUGUUGGCUCCGGGAUGCUCCAUCAGGAGAUAGCCCGACUCAAUGGUCUAUUGGAGGAAAAAAUAAGCGAGUGUACAAGGCUGAGCAGAGAAGUAGAGGAGAUUCAGAGGCAAGACCAGGAGCGUAUCCAGACCCUGGAGCAGCAGGUGCUCAUCUACACAGAAGACUUUAAGUCAGAGCGUGCAGAUCGAGAGCGAGCACAGGGCCAGAUCCAAGACAUGAAGGAGCAGAUAUGUCAGCUGAAGCAGCAGCUCCACAAACAGCAGGGAGCCACCAGAGAAAGCAGAGAUGUGGUUCCUAUGUGCCGAGUCCACAUCGGACACAGGAUCUCAUCGAGGCGAAACAAGGACUCUGCAGAUCAUUUACUGAGGACUUCUGCUGAGCGGCAUCAGCAGCCUGCCGCCACGGCCAACGCAGCAGCAUCACAAAAUCCUGCCUGGAACGACAGCCCGGGCCUGUCUGAGCUGCGGUGCCCGCGGUGCCAGGCCCGGUUCAACGAUACAAAUGCAGCAGAGUAUUUCGACCACUGGGAAGAGUGCGCCAAACUAUAAACGGGGAGAAAAACACUCAUUUGGAAAAGACACUCAAGGCUCGCUGACAAAGAGCAUUGAAGAGCAGCACUACACGGCAGAAAACAACCUGAGUGGAGUUUCCAAUCCGGAAAAGCUUGACUACAAUUGAAACGACUGAUUUGAGAUGUUUGUACAUAAUGAAGCAAAACUGAGAUUUCCCCUCAAAAGGGUUUCAUCAAGUCUUUCUUUGUCUGCAAAUAGAAAUCCAGUGUCGGGCUCUGAGUGCUGUCCUGCUGCAGGAUGGAUGUGGAUGCAGUAUAUCCAAUAUCAUAUACCUCAAUGUGUCAAAUUACAAACAUGUUGCACUUUCUUAACAUUUAGCCAAAAAAAAAAACUAAUCGUAGAGUUGUACGAUUAAGAAAAUUGGAAUACAUAAGCUUCUUUUUUUAUUUUGGAUCUAGACUUUUAGUUAUUAUGGUGCUAUUGUUUAUUUUUGAUUGAACUUUACAUAUUUCUGUUCUGUAAAUUAUAUAUUAACAGAUUUAAAAUAUAACUAUUAUAUUAAUUAUAUUUAUUCUUUGUAUAAAUAUUUGAAAAGGCAAAUCAUUAUAGUGCAGUCCUUUUGCCUUUUCCUUUUUUUUUUCCUCUCCAAAGCCAUAAGAGAUUAUUGGUAAACGUUUGGGAUCCAAAAAGUCAAACAACUGGAAAAAAAAAUGUUGAAACGGUGUAUGUAAAGAUUGCAUCUUAUCUAACAGAAGAUCUGAUGCUGUUCUUGAGCUGGCACAUUAUUUUUCUAAUAAAACGUCUGUUUACCUGCCA